AUGGUGACACCGCUUAUAGUGGCCGAGAUGGCUGCCUCAGUUUUGUUUGAGUUGCUGGUCGCCAUCUUCUCCUUUUCAAUUGCCUUGUACACACUGGUCAUUGGUGUUUUCUAUCAAGGCGCGGACAUCGAGCCACUAUUGACCGCGAGCUUUGGGCAGAUCAUGCCUAUGCUUCUUCUGAUCGUUAUUGCUCUGACAACAGUUGAGGUUGGCACAAUCAAGAACUUCCGAAGGAUUGAGAUCGAGGUCGAAAUUAAAAGAAAUCCCGCCUUAUUGCACAAUACUACGAGGGGUGGCCUGGGACCAGAGAGGAACGGCGUGCUCCCACGCCGGGUACAGUCGUUCAACUUGCAGAACAGCAUGAUGGGUGUCACAGAGGAGUUAUCAAUGCAAAGCCCACACAAAACCUAUGAGAACCUCAUUAUUACCUAUGGCUGCUGCAUCUCAUAG